UUGGAAUCCAAGAGUCGUUGUCCUUGGAGCUUCAUUUUGAAUCUUGACACUUGAGACCCAAGCAUGAAGUUUGACCGCUUGACGUCACCCAUUGACGGCGACUACGAGAUCGAGAUGACCGACGAGGCGCCGCCGCAGCGCAAGCGACACCGCGCCAUCCUGAUUGGCUGCCUCGCUGCCGUGUAUCUGGCAAUGACGGGAACCAUUAUCUACCUUGCUGCGAGCAAAUUUUCGAAGGCGUCGUCCAUGCCCGUGAUCCUCAUGGUCGGCGAUUCCAUCACCGAGUACGCCGCGAACGUCAACAUGCACGGCUUUCAGGCGUCGCUGGCCCACGACUAUAUUCGACACGCCGACGUUGUCAACCGGGGCCGGGCCGGUUGGUCGACCCAGAAUUGGCGCCCAAAGAUCCCAGCGCUGAUCCGCGAGUGGGAAGCCCGAUCGCCGAUCCUUGUCACGAUUGCGCUCGGCACCAACGAUGCAUCCCUCCCGAAUGCAACGGGGCUCUACGUACCACCGAACAAGUACAAGGCCAACCUCGAGAGCAUGGUGGCGGGCCUCAGCAGCGCCUUUCCGUCGACAAAAUUCCUCCUUGUGACGCCGGGUGUCGCGGACGACGACUCGGCCAUGGGCCAGCUGCACCGCAACGACCGCCAGGGAACGUACGCGGCGCUGUGCAAAGAAGUAGGCGACAAAAUGAAGAUUCCAGUUCUCGAUCUGUGGACGCCACUGCAAGGCAAGCAAAAGUCCGUCCUUAGCGACGGCCUCCACCUCAAUCAAGCUGGCAACGAGUUUGUCUACGACCAAAUCAAGAACGCGAUCGCAACAUCGUAUCCGCAGCUGCGACCCAGCGCGUUGCCCGAGCGGUCCUAAUGUCCAUAACGUAUAAUUCUAUUUACAAAAAACACGUUUACGCGCAGCUCGUCGCGACGCACGCA